GGGCGAGGCGGGUGCCGCGAGCUCGUCGUCGCAGGGCUCAGCGGCUGCGGACGGAGAGGGGCCGCUGCAGCCCAAGAAGCAGAAGCGGCCGGCGACGCGUCGAUCGCUGGUGCACUACCUGCGGGGCCGCGAGGUGGGCGCGCGGGGCCCGGCCGGGCUCCCGGCCUUCGAGGGCCAGCUGCGCGGCUACGCCGUGCGGAAGCUGCCCGAGCUGCUGAGCGAGCGCGAGCUGACCCUGGGCACCCUCAACAAGGUGUUCGCGUCGCAAUGGCUGAACGCCAGGCAGGUGGUGUGCGGCACCAAGUGCAACACGCUCUUCGUGGUGGACGUGCAGUCGAGUCAGAUCACGCGCAUCCCGCUGAUGCGGGACCGGGGCCCCGGGCUGGCCAGAGCGCAGCCGGGCUGCGGCAUCCACGCCAUCGAGCUGAACCCCUCCAAGACGCUGCUGGCCACGGGCGGCGAGAACCCCAACAGCCUGGCCAUCUACCAGCUGCCCACGCUGGACCCGGUGUGCCUGGGCGACCGCCACGGCCAUAAGGACUGGAUCUUCGCCAUCGCCUGGAUGAGUGAUACCGUGGUCGUGAGUGGCUCCCGCGACGGCACCGUUGCCCUGUGGCGGUUUGACCCCGACUUGUUCACUGGCAGCAUCGCUUGGCACAACGACGUGGGGCUCCCGGUGUAUGGCCACAUCCGUCCGAGGGACAUGGAGACCAUCCCCAGAGCCAGCACCAACCCCAGUAACCGCAAGGUGCGGGCCCUGGCCUUCAGUGGCAAGAACCAAGAGCUGGGAGCUGUGUCCCUGGACGGCUACUUCCAUCUUUGGAAAGCCAGGAACACCCUGACCAGGCUGCUCUCCGUCAGGCUGCCUUACUGCAGAGAGAAUGUGUGCCUGACCUACUGUGAAGAACUAUCCCUGUAUGCGGUGGGCUCCCAGUCCCACGUGUCUUUCCUGGAUCCCCGCCAGCGCCAGCAGAACAUCCGGCCCCUGUGCUCCCGAGAGGGUGGCACUGGGGUGAGAUCUCUGAGCUUCUACCAGCACAUCAUUACUGUGGGCACAGGCCAUGGCUCCCUGCUCUUCUAUGACAUCCGUGCACAGAAGUUCCUGGAAGAGAGGGCCUCGGCCAGCCCGGGCUCUCCUCUUGUGCCCACAGGGAGGAAGCUCAAGCUCACCUGUGGCAGGGGCUGGCUCAAUCAUGAUGACCUGUGGGUGAACUACUUCGGUGGCAUCGGCGAAUUCCCCAAUGCGCUCUACACCCACUGCUACAACUGGCCUGAGAUGAAGCUGUUUGUGGCUGGAGGGCCUCUCCCUUCAGGCCUCCACGGGCACUAUGCAGGACUCUGGAGCUAAGGAUGGCCCCAUGUUCUCAAAGUGCCCAAGAUUUACCUCCCAGAUCCCUCUCCCUCACUUCCUCAUGCUGUGUUGUGCUUUAAACUCUAUGUGGCUUUUGUCUUUCAGGUGGUUGUGAACAACUUACCUGUGUUUAGUUUAGUAGACAGAGACAGAGUGAAAUGAAAGAG